AUACGAUCACUUCAAAAAGAAGAUACUGCACAAAGAGCAAGUUAAGCUACUAAAUUCUGCAGAUGUGUCAUUCGACAAAAUGGACAUCACAUUAUUGACAUACGUAUUGCUUAAUCAUCUUCAAGUAUCAACUCAAAAUAAUAAAGACAUAUGCGAACUUCGCUCAUGCAGAAAUGAGCUUGCUCAUUCGAUUAAUAAUGCGCUUCUGACGGACGAUAUAUUCAAUAGAGCGCUUAUCGCGAUGAAAUCGAUAUGUCAAGACCUUGAUGGAAACCCGACAAUAACAGGCUAUGGCGCAGAAUUACAUGUUGACAGGCUGGAAACAGGGGUUCAAGAGCUUGAAAAGCAAUCACUUGUUGUGCGUGUUAGUCAAAGAUGCAGACUUAGUCUAUGCAGAGAGGACAUGAUGGAUAAACUUCUACGAAAGUAUGAUGAAUCAAAAACAGAUGCCGAUAUUGAGCUGAGGUAUCAGAUCGUAUUGUGUUCACGCAGUAUCGCAAGAUUUGUUGACGUAGACGUUCUUGCUGGUCAAUUAAGAGCCGAACGAAUUCUUGGUGAUUUCAAGAAGCACGAAAUUGAGCAGGAACAUGAUUUCGAAGAGAAGGCUGCUCUCCUUGUGUUGGAGGUAAUAAAUGAACGUUAUGAAAAUGUUCUCAAGUUCACGAAGUGUUUGCGAGACCUCAACCAAGUAGUUGCAGAUCAGAUUGCAGUUACAACUGGAUACAGCUAUGUCGAGAGGGAAAUCAAGAAGCUCGAGAAGGCAAGCAUAUUGCAAAUACUUGCUGCUGGAUUUAAGUCGCAUCCUGAUAAUACAUUGUCUGGUGAAGAUGUGCACAUAUAUGUGGAAGACCAACGCAAGUGCUUGACCAAGUUUCACUUGAUACUGGAAUGCAUGAAAGAAAUAUAUCCAGAGGUGCAAUUCGACGAUAACAAUGGCAGAUUCAAGGGCAUUCUUUAUCAGUUCUCACCCUUUGCAUUUGAUGAAACACCAUUGCAAGACAUAAUGCAACCAAUGUCAAGCAUGACUAGUGAAGAAUUUUCACAUUAUUUGGCUAAUGAAGUCAAAGCAACUAUUACCCAAGAGAUCCGAUCUUACAAAUAAUAAGCGAUUUUAUUAGAGAAGAAAGUAUAUCCUUACCAGUGUUUGUUGAGAUGUCGGACGAUGAAAUCGAGGGAUGCUUUAAACAGAAAAUUGAACAUCAUGGGCUUAAGUAUGGCUUCGGCCUCGGCAAAGGCCUUUCUAAAAUACAAAAAGAAAUGAAACAACGAUUGACGGUUGGAAGUCAUAAAAUGAAAAGUGAUCUGCGUGGUUUUGGGACUAGUUCGGACAAAGUUGUUUAUAAACAAUGUAAAGUAAGAAAAGAUGUGUUUUCCAUGUUAACACCUGUACAUAAGUAUGUUUUUCCUAAAAGAAAAAAGCAGAUGCAUCCGUCUUACUUUGCAGCUGAAGUAAUUAAAUUUGCAGCAGCAUGCAUUAACGGUAGACAAAAUGGAACGUUUCACUUUGGGAUACAACCUCUUGAGAAUAAUGAAGGAUUGAUUGUUGGUUUACAGAGUUCAGAGUUCAGGGUAUACACGCAAAGAAUUGCAAUCGAUUAUGGCUUACAGCACUGUUUUAUGGGACCUUGUUCGGAAAAGCGAAUUUUAGAACGAACCAUUCAACCGAUAAUAUUUGUGCCAUGUGAGAAUGGUAGUGUUGUGAUUGAAGUUGAUAUUCAACCAUCAUGCCUGUUUAUGAAAGACACAGCCUUCAUAGUCAUGUUUCCUCCCAAUGGUAAACAGGAAAAGAAAUUAUUCAUGUACGUAUCAAUACAAGGAUGGAAUAUGUUUGAGACAAUUGAUGUUCAAAAGUCUGAAUGUCUAAAGGAAGAUUUAAAAAACACAUUGGAGCUUAGGAAUAAACUGGAGCAAUCGCGAUUUCGGCCAAACAAAGCGAUUGUUAACAAACGAUCAGCUUUACAAAAUCGUUUGACUGCAGGCAACACAUUUGUGACCGAUCAAAUGGUACCGCAUAUCAUAUGUGGUAGAUACACGCGACUGGAAAAUGCUGAGAAGAUUCUUUCAUUGAUUAAAUCAGCCUUUGUGUCUUCGCAAGUAGUGUUUGACUUCGACCCAUCAACUUCAUUGAUCAAACACAUCGAACAAGGUGAUGAAUACUUUGAUAUCGUUCUACCUGAUGACGAAAAUACCGAUGAGUAUUAGUCAAACAUUGGAUCUGGCAGA